AUGGAUUCUCUUAUGAACAAGAAAAACGAUGAUGCCCUUAACUUUAAUAUUAAUAAUAUUCAUAACAAUAAAAUUCAAACUCGUUCUCCUGUUAAAUCAUUUGAAGGAGAUGAAAUACCAAGAUUUAAAGCAAGACAAAUUGAGGCUAUGAAUUAUCAAGCAGAUCUUCAAGCCAUUUUAAUUGCUUUAUUAACUCAAUUUUCAACUAUUUCAGUUGGAAGACCUCAUAGAAUAUCACAUCUUACUAAACAAUUCAUUAAAAUAAAGAAGAUUGUAUUUAGUGAUCAAAAUGAUUCAAUUGAUGUUCUUCAAUAUAUUCAAACUCGUUCAAAAGAACAAGCUCAAUAUGAAUUUAAAGUUGGAAAUACUACAAAGAAAACUGCUAAAAGAAGAAUUCAACCUACUAAAAGAAGAGAAGCAAUGAGAUUUUUACAAGAUAUACUUAAUGAGUUUGGUUAUUUUGUUGAAGUAGAGAUAGAAACUAUUGAUGGUUAUGAAGGAGAAGUUACUUUAUUUUUAAAUGGUCAUUUCUUUUUAGGGUCUAAUCAAAUUAAAAUUCUUGGAAACCAAAUAAAUAAAAAAAUAUCAUCUAUGUUACAAACUAAUGCCAAUAUUGUCUUAGAUUCAAGACUCUACAAUUCUACUUUCUUUUAA